ACAUUUGACUCAUAGCCCAGGCAGCAGCGGCAGCAACCGCAGACGCAUCUUCUUACUGUGGAAUCUCUGCGGCUGCAAGUGCUUCUUUCCUCCCAAGACCUGCAGCACCGCCAACAACAAGACAGACACAUGCAGGUGGCAUCUACUCCCUGCAGGGCCAUGAGGCUUCUGGCGAUGGUGGUUCUUCUGCUGACUCUUACAGUGGCUGCGCAGGAUGAGUCGCGGAUCAUCGGGGGCCAAGACUGCGCCCUAGGCGAACAGCGCUACCAGGUUGUCCUCUCAAAUAGCAAGAGAAAUGGGCCAGAUAUUCUGUGCGGAGGCGUUCUGAUAGACAAGUACUGGGUUAUUACCGCUGCUCACUGUAACCAACAGGGGGUUAUCCACACAAGGAUGGGUGAUCACAGCCUCAGGGCGAACGAGGGCUCGGAGCAGUGCAUCACAUCUGCACAGAAAUUCCCACACCCGAACUACAAUCCCACCACACAUGACAGCGACAUCAUGUUGAUACGACUGAGCAAACCCGCCUUCAUCAAUGAAUAUGUCAGGCCUGUUCAGCUGUCUACCCAAUGUGUUCAGCCUAACACUCGGUGCCAGGUGUCAGGCUGGGGGACCACGACGACCCCUCAAUCACAGUUUCCUGACAUCCUGCAAUGUGCCCAAGUCUACACAAUUUCAAAUGAAGAGUGCAACCAGGCCUACCCCAAUGGCAUAACGGAAAACAUGUUGUGUGCUGGUGUGAGCAGAGGUGGCGUAGACUCCUGCCAGGGAGACUCCGGUGGGCCCCUGGUGUGCAACGGGAAACUCGAAGGCAUCGUCUCGUGGGGGAUGCAGAUCUGCGCACAGUCCGGCAAGCCCGGGGUCUACACAAAAAUCUGCCGAUUCACCGACUGGAUUCAGAGCGUCAUGCGGAACAACUCAGUCAACCGUGCUGCAGACACUUGUUACGUGACGCACCGACUCGACACCGCGGACUGGGCUCUGGCUUGGACUAGCCUCUCGCUCGUCCAUGGCAUGCGCAGCUUCUAUCUGCGGCUUUGUGGCCUUGCGACUGGCAUCCAGCUCCUCUCUUUCAUAGUUUUCCAUGGCAGUGGCCUCCUUCAAGGCGGACGCAAGGGUAACAUCUUCUUUGGCCACAAUGCGUCUUCAGGCCUUUUUGCUGCUCAGGCCCCCUACAAACCGAUCCAGGAGAGUCUCUUCCAGAUUUUGGAAGCCACAGUACUGCCCGAGCUUCCGGAGUUUGGCCAGAAAUGCGGUCUACUGACAGACAGGCCCUUCAUGGUCUCAUGCGGUGACAUGACAGCCAUGGAGAUGGUUUCGCUGGCAUUGCUGUUGGUGUCAGGAGCGGCUGCGCUAGAAGAUUCACGAAUCGUUGGAGGAACCGCAUGCAUGAAAGGUUUCCAACCUUGGCAUGCAGCCAUCUAUGACAUGAACCGGUUCUAUUGCAGCGGGGCUCUGGUGACCAUGGAGUGGGUGUUGACCGCUGCACACUGCAGACUCCCAGGCACCACUUACGUGCGCCUAGGAGUGCACAAUAUGAUGCGCAUGGAGGACAGUGUACAACAAAAGAGAGCGGUCCGGCUCGUGCCUCACCCAAACUAUGAUUCCGUCAGCAAGGACAAUGACAUCAUGCUGAUCAGGCUCUCCUCGCCAGCGGUCAUCACCGACAGUGUCCAGCCCAUCAACGUGGCCAGUCAGUGCGUUGCUCCAGGAACGCAGUGCCUUGUGACAGGGUGGGGCAGAACCAGCAGCUCAAGACCAAGCAUCCCUGAAGAACUGCAGUGUAUUUAUCUGCCCAUCAUCACGCAGAGGGAGUGUGAGGCAGUGUAUCCUGAUGCCAUCACCGAGAACAUGUUGUGCGCUGGUGUGAGGGAAGGAGGUGCUGACACUUGCCAGGGUGAUUCCGGGGGACCCCUCAUCUGCAACGAAGAACUUCAGGGCAUCGUGUCUUGGGGUCCAGAGGUGUGCGGCCAGCCUGGGAAACCAGGUAUCUAUACCAAGGUCUGCAACUACGUCGGCUGGAUCCGGGAGGUGAUACAGCGCGGGUGACGCCAGCUCAGAGACGAAGCGCACAAAUAAAGCAUGAGAAAUGA